AUGGUAUUUUUCCUCCUCCAAAAACCCCUAUUAGUUAUAAAAACGCCACAUUCUAAUUCUAGUGAGGUAGCGCCUGGUGAUAUGUUUGAAAAUACUAAUGAUGAUAAUAAAAAGUUAAAGAAAUGGCUGAAACUUGUGUCUAUGAUAUUACAUGAGAUAAGCAAUCAUCGAUGUGCUAGUUUGUUUCAGAAUCCUAUAAGAGAACAGGAUGCGCCUGGUUAUAAUGAAAUAGUUAACCAUCCAACAGAUUUAAAAACAUUAAAAAGGCGUCUUCGUGAUGGAGAAAUAACAAAUACUGACCAAUUUCAUCGCGAACUAAUGUUAAUGUUUAUGAAUGCGGCAAUUUAUAAUCGUGAGGAUACUGAUGUUUAUCGAAUGACGACAAUGAUGAAAGAUCAUGUUGAAGAUCAAAUACUUGAGUUUAGACAAACUGAAGAUUCUAGAGGUGUUAUACAUGAACCAGCUACAAGGAGAAAGAGUAUGGCUUCAGAUGGUAGAUCACGUCAAUGA